GCAAACAAUGACAGAGCUUUCUACGAGCUUUAAUGUGGACAAAAUGGCACGGUUUCCGGGCUUACCGUUAGGAACAACUCAUGGAACGGCAAAUAAUGUGAGUAAUGAUGGGUUAACAAAGAAUUUAUUAUUUGAAUCAUCAUAUACGCCGUUACAAGGAAAUGGGGAGGUUCAAGAAAGCAGAAUUGAAACAAAGAAUGAGGGUUAUUCUAAUAGUCAGUUGACGUUGAGAGCAUUGGUAUCAACAAAAGAAGCGGGAAUUAUUAUUGGAAGACAAGGGAAAAAUGUAGCGGAAUUGAGGGGAGCAAAUGGAAUUAAAGCAGGAGUAAGCAAGGUGGUUCCGAAUAUUUAUGACCGAGUAUUAACUAUAUCUGGUACAUUAGAAGGUGUAAGCAAGGCGUAUGGAACGAUUGCGCAGUCGUUUAUCAAUAAUCCUAUAGGGCAUUCUAAUCAUCAUUUAACAUCUUCAUCAUCGGAACCUCAGUCUUCAAUCCGACUUUUGGUUUCUCAUAAUAUGAUGGGAACGAUUAUUGGAAGGCAAGGACUUAAAAUUAAGCAUAUUCAGGACAUUUCAGGAGCAAGAAUGAUUGCUUUUAAAGAUAUUUUGCCUCAGUCGACCGAACGUAUUGUUGAAGUUCAGGGUGUUGUGUCUUCAAUUCAAAGUGCUAUAUGGGAAAUUGGAAAAUGUUUAAUUGAUGAUUGGGAACGAGGUAUUGGGACGGUUUUUUAUAAUCCGUCUGUUAGAUUGUCAUCUGCUUCUAGUAUUGUUCCUGGACAUCAAACUAAUAGUAUUUUUUCGGGCCCUCAAUCCGGUCAUUUUCUUCAAUAUCAACGUCAAGGUUCCCAUUUGAGUUAUUCUCGUCUUUCGAAUUUAGCAUCGCAUUUUCAAGAAUCUUUGGAUGCGUCGAGUCAAGAUAUUUGUGUUCAAAAUAUUUCGAUUCCUUCUGAUAUGGUAGGAUGUAUUAUUGGUCGUGGCGGUAGUAAAAUUAGCGAGAUUAGACGAAUAAGUGGAAGUAAAAUUAGUAUUGCAAAGGCUCCGCAUGAUGAGACAGGUGAACGGAUGUUUACAAUUCAAGGAACGUCUUCUUCUAAUGAAAAGGCUCUUUAUUUGCUUUUUCAAACACUGGAAACCGAAAAAAAUCGACGUGGUCAAGAAAAUCUUAAAUAAUUUAUUUUCACAUCAAUUUUACAUAAUAUUUUUC